AUGAAAGUCCAUCUCAAGGCACAGGAUCUUUGGGAAGGAAUUGAGGUAGACUACGAAGUCGUUGAUUUGCCGGACAAUCUAAUUGUGACCCAAAUAAGGAUUCACAAGGAGAGGAAGACAAGGAAGGCUAAAGCCAUGGCCUACUUAGAGUUUGAAAUGCAAAGAAUAAAGGAGUCAGAAACUGUGAAAGAGUACAUUGACAUGUUGCUUAGCCUAGCUAACAAAGUCAGGUUGUUAGGUAAGGAUUUUCCUGAUCAAAGAAUCAUUGAGAAAAUACUUGUUACACUUCUAGAGAGGUAUGAAGUCACCAUAUCUUCUCUAGAAAAUACUAAAGAUUUGUCAAGCAUUUCCUUAGUAGAAUUAAUUAAUGCUUUACAAGCUCAAGAACCAAGAAGGCUUAUAAGGAAAGAAGGAGCCGUCGAAGGAGCUUUGCAGUGGAAAAAAACCAAUCAUCCACAACACAAGUGUUGGUGGAGGCCCGAUAUAAAGUGCAACAAAUGUGGUCAAUUGGGUCACAUCAAAAUUGUGUGCAUAUCACAACAACAAGAAGGAGAAGCUAGAGCUGCUGCUGACCAACAUGAGGAGGAGAUAGAGGAGUUGUUUACAGCAGCAACCACAAAUUUAAAAUGUUGCUCAUCAAAAAGCUACCUCAUUGAUAGUGAUGCCACACACCACAUGACAAACAACAAAAGACUCUUUAGAGAGCUCUACAAAUCUACAAUUUCUCGAGUUACAAUUGGAAAUGGAGGCCAAAUUGCCGUGAAGGGUGAAGGAACAGUUGCUAUACAAUGUCGCAAAGGUUUGAAACUUGUUCGGAAUGUCUUAUAUGUUCCUGAAGUUGCAAAAAACUUGUUUAGUGUUAGCCAGUUGCUUGACAAUGGUUACAAGGUCCUAUUUGAGGGCAAAUGCUGCAUAAUAAUAGAUGUAAGAGGUAGAGAAGCCUUUAAAAUCAUGAAAAAAGAUAAGAGUUUUGCUUUGAAUCCAUUGGAGGAGGAGGAGCCUUCAAAUAAAGAUUUAAGUUCAAAGUUUACAUAUACUACUAGUGCAGAAUAUCAAGAAUACUUUCCUUCAACUAAGAAGGGAUUCACAUGGAGGUGA